UCCCAUUAUUUCAUUUGCGUGUACCACAAAAAAAGUAGAAUUUUCGCCCCCGAGAGGCGAGAUUUCUACUUUCAUUCGAGUAUAAGAUCUAACUUUUUUAGCCCUAAAAAUCAUGAAGAUCUAGAUCUAAAUGGGAACUCAUUUCCGACAUUAAUACGAUAUUGAAUUCAUUUUCAAACAAAAAAAUACGAAAAAUAUCUUGAGAAAAUGGGGAAAAGCUUGCCGAUAUUUACGUUGCCAUCUUGUUCUCUUUUGUUCUUUGCCAAGAUACAAGACUCAUAUCAGCUCAGAAGAUGUGCAUCUUGUAGCUUGGCGAAGAACAAAAGAGAGCUCUGGGUGCCUCCAUUCUGGAAAGUGCACAUGCGCCAUUACUAGUUUACUUGGCAGAGGUGUGUGAUUUUAAGAGAGUGCCAUAUCUGCAAGGGUGUCAAAAUUUCAGUUCGGAAACCCACGAUGGCCAUUGCUUGAUUUUUUUUGUGAUAGAUUGAAUGUGUGUCAUCUCGGCAGCAAUAUUUCCUAUGAAAAUCACCCUUGCAGGAUUGUUUUUUGGUUGUCAAAUCUCUUGGAGUCCAAAAUUAUCUAGGGUCAUAAGGAAUAAGUUGACAUGAAUACUUGUCAGGUACUUUUCUUUAUAUUAUGAUACAUGUAUGAUUGUAAUUACUUUGGUAAAUUUUAUUUAUAGAAAGAAGACAAUAGUGACUCUUCAGAACACUGGGAUGAAUCUGAUUCAUCGGUUGAUGUUGAGGAAGUGACCACGUCUGAUGAUGAUCAUGGGAACAGAAGGAUCACUCGUCAGUCCACCCGCAUUGUUACCAGGGCAACAAACCAAGUGAUGAGGAUGAGGGAGCAGUCACCUAUGAAGACUGGGAAGGGCGGGGACAGAAAAUCAUCGGAGAGCUCUGACAAUGAACCGCCUCCUGCACCCACAGAUACAGCGGAGAAACCCAAGAAAAAAGGUCGUAAGAGGGGCAAGUCUGAGGCCCACCCGUCGGAUACGGAGUCUGGUGCUUCGCUCAAUGGAGGAGAUCCCAAAAAGAAGAAAAAGAGAAAAAGUGUGAAAGGAGAUUCUAAGCUUACCAAUGGAGAACUUUCAAGUGAUAAAGAGAGCGGAGAGGGAGACAAGAAAAGGAAGAGUAGGAUUAUUGCCGAGCAGCAACUUUUGAAAUCAGAGAAUGUAGAAUUGAGAUGCCCGGUACCUGGAUGCGAUUCAAGAGGGCACUUCACCGGUAAGUUCACCAAACAUCGUACAUUAUGGGCUUGUCCUCUGUAUCAUAACAUGACGGCUGAAGAUUGUCAGGCUAAGGCUGAUGCCAGGGCUGAGAAGAGACGUAGCAGACAUCAAGAACAAGAGAACGAUGAGAAGAAGGCAUUACGACAAUCGAACUCAUCUCGUGCCCAACAGCAAAAGCGCUACCAGGUGCAGGAGAUUCGGAGACAACGCAAGGAUCUCUCCGAGGAUCUCAAGGUCAAGAGUCGUCAGCACCGGGAGGAGUUCCACAAGUCCAGAGAACCUCUCCUCAACGGGAUCACAUCACAGUUUGACUUGGACCUGUUCCGUGAGGCCCAGAUGCGAGCUUCGGAAGAGAUGGAGAAGUGCGGCUUGGGCAUCCCUGGUGAGGGCACCGUCAAGAAGCUGGAGUUCGGGCGCUUCGAGCUCAACACGUGGUACUCGUCCCCUUACCCAGAGGAAUACGCAAGACUUCCAAAGCUCUACAUCUGUGAGUUUUGCCUCAAGUACAUGCGUAGCUCAACUAUCCUCAGACGACAUCUUGCCAAGUGUGUCUGGAGACAUCCCCCUGGGGAUGAGAUCUACAGGAAAGGCAACAACUCAGUCUUUGAAGUGGAUGGCAAGAAAAACAAGAUCUAUUGUCAGAAUCUAUGUCUACUUGCCAAACUCUUUCUGGAUCAUAAAACUCUCUACUACGAUGUUGAACCAUUCCUCUUCUACAUCAUGACAGAGAACGAUUCAUCUGGUUGUCAUAUUCUUGGCUAUUUCUCUAAGGAGAAGAAUUCUUUCCUGAAUUACAAUGUAUCCUGUAUACUCACGUUACCACAGUAUAUGAGACAAGGUUAUGGAAAGAUGUUGAUCGAUUUCAGUUACCUACUAUCUAAGAGAGAGGAGAAGAUUGGUUCUCCUGAGAAGCCUCUAUCUGAUCUUGGCCUAAUCAGCUAUAGAAGCUAUUGGAAAGGUGUUCUACUUCAAUAUCUUCAUAAACUAGAUGCUAAGGAAAUAUCCAUCAAAGACAUCAGUCAAGAGACGGCAAUCAACCCGUAUGACAUCGUCAGCACACUCCAGUCAAUGUCAAUGCUCAAAUACUGGAAGGGUAAACAUCUGGUGCUAAAGAGACAGGACCUCAUCGAUGAGUACCUCUCAAAGGAUAAAGAACGGACCAACGGCUUGAAGCAGAUUGAUCUCAAUAGCUUGAAAUGGACCCCACCCAUAUGUGAACCUGUGUAGGACCCGGUGCCCGUUUCAUAAAACUUGUUAUAAUAACAUAUUUUCAAUAACAGUUAAAAGCUAUUGAAAUCCUUCAAUUUCAUUGGCUGACAGUAAACUUGUUAUAGAAAUGUUUCAUUUGUUAUAAUAAGUCUUUAUAAAAUGGGAUCCUGGACUGUCCAUGUAACUAUUAGAGACAUUUUCAGAACAGAUUGUGGAUAAGAAGUUGCAUUUGUUUGUUUGGACGAUAGAGUGUUCCCAUGAGCAGCCAUGUUGGAGGAGUGGGAGUAGAAACCUGUGCAUCAACCUGUGAUGAAUCAUUCUAUUUAUGUGCACUCGUGUCUUGUUUUGUCCUGCAUCAUGGCUGCAGUGAGAACGCUCUCCCCGGGAUGGGGGGGGGUACUUAGUAUAAAUGUAUGAUACGUAUGUGCUUCAGUAUAGACCCCCAUUUUCAGCUUAAAUUUCCGCUACAGAGCAUCACCAAUUCAGAAAGCCACAGAAAUUCCUAUUUUCCCCAUUCCAGAGACCCUCAAAUUUGUGGUUCUCGUUGCAGUGCCCGCUCAUACUUGGUGCAGCACAGUGGCAAAUUACCAUUGACUGUUUUCAACAUAGUGAUUCGGAGACCGCUGAUUGGUUCAUCACGCAUAUUCAUGCAACGCUCCAAAACACAGAAUUUGUGCCGUUCCAGAGCAUUGCAUGUUUAGCAAUCGUUGAUCCUAGAGCAGUUCCGGAGACCCCCAUUUUAAGACCAAAGUUUAGUUCCAGAGCCCCAUAUUUUUGUUUUUUGUGUGGCACAUAAGUAUCAUGUUAUAAUUUGAGUAUCCCUCCCCCUCCGCUCUCUAGUCAUGCCUGCCUCAUUGGACACACUGUAAGUUGAAUAAAUUCCCAACUCAAAGUAAUCUUUAGAACAGGGGCCUAUCCUAGACGGACAUGAUGAUUUCUAUAUUAUGUAUAUGCUUUAGAAACCUUGAUUUUGUUUGGUUACGGGGGGGGGGGGGGGGGGCUUUAUAAAGCUGUUCGCAGGUUAAGAGUGACUUUAAGAACGAUUGGUGAUCCUUGCUUGUGGUUAAUGAUAUUCACUAUUAAAUGAUCAUUGGUGAUUAUUUAGCGCGUAAGGAAGGUUCACCAUUCAUUCUUAAAGUCGCUCUUAACUUACGAACACAGCUUUAUGAAACACCCACCAGAACCGUGUUUUACAGAACAAAAAAGACCAUGAAAUAACUACCCUUACUUUGAGUAUCCAACCCCCUUUGAUCUCAAAUUUUACUGAACUUCAUGAACUAUUACACCUUUUGCUAUAAAGCAUAAAGUGGGUGCAAAUGAUUUAGGACGGUGUGGGCCCCGUCUUACAAAGAGUUACGAUUGAUCAGGCGCCCGUCUUACAAAGAGUUGCGUUUGAUACGAUCAAUCGCAACUAUGGAAACCCAGCAGAGUCAACAUAUAUAAAAUGCAUGUUUGUUUUAAAAUAUUUUCUAGAUAUGAAUGUAUUUCCAUGAAUUCAUUGAUUUCUACAAUUUGGUGUGUUCUCCUUUGUUUACAAAGGGAAUUUUGCAAAUUUCCUGUACAAAACAUUAUGACACUGAUGGAUUUCCAUAGAGUUACAAUUGAUUGGAUCAAUUGUAACUCUUUGUAAGACAGGGCCCACUGAUCAACCUCAAGUAUAUGGAAAUCCAUCAGUGUCUUUUUUUUUUCUUUAGGAAAUUUGCACAAGGUUCUUUGAAAACAAAGAGAAGUACUAAUUGCCAAGAAAACAGUGAAUGUAUGAUAUACAUCACAUCUACAAUUUUUUUUGAACAAACGUGUAUCUUAGAUGUUGACGUUGCUGGUUUUUCUAUAGUUGUAGACGUUGAUUGGAUCAAUCAUAACUUUGUAAGACAGGCCCUGGUAUAUAAAUUGGAUGUACUUAAGGGAUUUAUCCCAUGAUUAUCAACCUUACAAAAUAGGCCUGAAGUUUAUGCUAAAGUUGGUAUUUAUGGGGGUUUUAAAAUCAAAUUCAUACAUGCAUAAUAGAUUUAUUUGACCCUAGAUAUACUUACACAAUAGUUCCUGUAUUUCAUAAUCUUACAUAGGAUAUUGUAUACGAUGAUAAUGGUGCAAAAUAUUUGUGAUAAUGUAAAAAUGGGUUUCAGGUGUUUUUCAGGAUCUACAUUUUCAAGUAAAUAAGGGGUUUUAAAUGUCCAGGCUUUUUUUUCAGGCACAUUGAGUAAAUUUGACUGACAUCCCUGAUGAAUUACUAUGAAUGUUUUAAACAGAAAUAUGGCGCAAUAAAUGCCGUGGAUCAUAUCAUCAUCAUUAUGAAUGGCUUAACGCAUGAAUGCUUGUCCGUUCAUUGGUUCUAAAGCAGAUUCCCAAUCACUUUGAAAUUUGGUCCCUUUAGAUUGAAAUUCAAUCCCUUUAGAUUGAAAUUCAAUCCCUUUAAAUUGAAAUUCAAUCCCUUUAGAUUGAAAUUCUUGCUAAUUAGGACCUGAAUAAGGUCGUUGUCACAUCCGUGCAAGCAUUGCCUGUGACUUGCGGAUAAGUAUUUUUACUACGGUCCACAGGUCGCCCGCAUUGUCAAUAUCUCGAACAUACCUCACACGCAGACGUGCGCAGAAGUCUGAUUAGCGUGCAGAAAAGUUUUGAACAUGCUUUGAACUCUGUUGCAAGCGAUUGUCUGCUACUCACCCUCGAGGCUUACACAGAACGAUGUGACAGGGCGUUUAAAGGACAAGUCCAACCCAACAAAAAGUUGAUUUGAAUAAAAAGAGAAAAAUCUAACAAGCAUAACACUGAAAAUUUCAUCAAAAUCGGAUGUAAAAUAAGAAAGUUAUGACAUUUUAAAGUUUCGCUUAAUUUCACUAAACAGUUAUAUGCACAUCCUGGCUGGUAUGCAAAUGAGGAGACUAUGACGUCAUCCACUCACUAUUUCUUUUGUAUUUUAUUACAUGAAAUAUGAAAUAUUCUAAUUUUUUCCUCAUUGUCAAGUGAUACAACGAUUAAUUCCUCCCUGAACAUGUGGCAUUAGCAUUGUUUAAUACUAUAUGUUUCAGUCAAGUUUGUCCUUAUUGUCAAAUCUAUAAAAAUGAAAUAUUGUAUAUUCAAACAAUAAAAAACAAAAGAAAUAAUGAGUGAUUGACAUCAUCGACUGACUCACCUAGUUGUGCAUAUCACUGUUUUGUGAAAAACAGCAAAACUUUAAAAUGUCAUAACUUUCUUAUUUUACAUCCAAUUUUGAUGAAAUUUUCAGCACUAUGCUAGUUUGAUUGUUCUCUAUUUAUUCAAGUUAGCAUUUUCCUGGGGUGGAUUUGACCUUUAAUAUUGUCAAAGAUGAAUGUAAUAGGAUAUCCAUCACCAUUAUGUUCAACCAUUGCAAAUUUAUUUGUUGGGGUGGACUAAAAACAUAGUUAUGGAAUUCAAACAAGAAAAAUAUGUCCUUCAAUAGUCAAUUUUUUUAGAAUUGUUCUGAAGAACUGCAGACACAAAGGCUCAAAUUCACAAAGGUUGUUUUUAAAAUCAUCGGUUUAUCCCAUGGUUUAUGCAGAUUUCCUGUAUAAAUUACGCUUAUUUACCACGUGUAUUAAAAAGCGUCCAAUGCUGAAGCGUGUUUUUGUCACAGUGCGCCAAAUUGACGCCUGUUGUCAUGGUUAUCCACACUAUUUAUUCAUAAGUCCACUGUCCACUGUUUUUAAUAUAUGAGUCAACUCUUUAAACAGUGGACUCCUGAAUGAAAGAGUGUACUUAACCAUGGCAACAGGCGUCAAUUUGGCGAACUAUGACAAAAGCGCGCAUCAGCAUUGGACAUUUUUUAAUAUCGGUGGUAAAUAAGCGUAAUUUAUACAGGAAAUCUGCACGAACCAUGACUUUUUUGUUUUAUAUUAUUUACAAGCUUUAGGGGAAGGGGACAAGGUAUUAAGGUGACAAAUUGGGUAGGGUCUGCCAACAAAUUACUUAGUACAACAUUUGUAUUAUUUAAGAAAAAAAGAAAUAACUUCUGAAUAAUAUUUUGAAAAAUGUGUGCUUUUAAUUGAAUUUCAGUGAUAUCACAAUUACAAGUUCAUAUUAAUAAAUCUAUUCAAUUAGUAUUUUUUCUAAUGCAUUUUAAUACUGUUCUGUUCAAUGUCUAAAAAUGUAUUUGAUAUGUAUAAAUUUGUAUGUAAACAGAACUCAAUGCACUUAUGAGGUAACUUCAGAGAGAAAUGCCAGAAAUGAUAUUUGUGACAAAAAUGGUAAAAGAAAUUCAUUUUCUCUGAGAAAUUCAUUGUCACAUCGAAUAUUUGUUCUUUUGUAAUGAUGUAAAUAUGUGAGUUUAAUGUUUGUUGUAAAGGUAUGACUGUACAGAGGAAUGUAUUAAUUGAAUGAAAUAGAAGAAAACUGAA